AUGUCUCUUUUCCGCGCCCGCAUCGCCCUCCGCCCCGUUCUCCGCGCGCCCGCGCCGACGCUCACCCGCGGUCUCCGCAACUACGACGUCAACACGCCCUCUGAGACUGUUGCCGACAAGCUCCAGGGCUCCGAGGCUCCGUCCAUCUACAACGAGCAGGAGGUCAAGGAGGACGGCAAGCCUACCAAGGUCGGCGCCAAGCUUGAGUCUCAGGAGGACCAGGCCUUCGCCCGCGCCGAGGCCAACGCCAUGAAGGACAAGUACAACAGCUCGGAGGACGGCAAGAUCAACGAGCAGGACGUCGACCUUGGUGUCAACCGUAACUCCGACAAGGGCUACAACGAGCCUGGAAGCCCCAACACCGAGUAA